ACUUAAAUAUCAACACCGUUUCUUCUGCUCUUUCCUUGUUACCAUGGCAGAAUCAUUUGUCCUUGAUAUUGCUAAUUCUCUCCUAGGGAAGUUUGUUUCUUAUGGUUAUGAAGAAACUUCUCGUGCCUAUGGUGUGUAUGAACAUCUACAAUGUUUGAGAGACACUCUGGCAAUUGUCAGUGGUGUAUUGUUGGAUGCUGAGCGCAAGAAGGACCAAAAGCAUGGGCUGCGGGAAUGGCUGAGGCAGAUUCAGAAUAUUUGCCAUGAUGCUGAAGAUGUAUUGGAUGGAUUUAACUUGCAAGACAAGCGAAAGCAAGUUGUGAAAGCUUCUCGAAGCACACGGGUGAAGUUAGUCCACUUCUUUUCUUCCUCUAAUCCACUUGUUUUUCGUUUUAGGAUGGCACGUCAAAUCAAAGAGAUUAGGGAUAGAAUGGAUAAGGUGGCAGCUGAUGGGGUCAGGUUUGGUCUUACAAAUGUUGAUCCCGGACUCGUUGUGCAACAAAGAGAAAUGACAUAUCCUCAUAUUGAUGCUUCAAGUGUGAUAGGAAGAGAAAAUGAGCAAGAUGAAAUCUUCAAUCUUUUGAUGCAGCCACAUCCUCACGGCGAUGGUGAUGGUGAUAAUAGUCUCUGUGUCAUUCCAAUAGUGGGAAUUGGAGGUUUGUGGAAGACCACACUUGCGAAGUCGGUGUUCAAUGAUAAGAGGAUACAUCAACUUUUCCAGUUGAAGAUGUGGGUGUGUAUCUCCGAUGAUUUCAACAUCAGAAAGAUAAUCAUUAAUAUCAUCAACUCUGCAACCAUCGCUUCCAUUUUUACUUCAUCUUCCGCACCAUCGAGUGGCCCUGCUCAAUUAGAAAACACCAACAACUUAGAUAUUGUGCAACUAGUAAGUCGUCUAAGACAAAAACUUUCUGGUCAAAAGUUUUUAGUCGUGUUAGAUGACGUAUGGAAUGAUGAUCGUGCAAAGUGGCUUGAAUUGAAAGAUUUGAUAAAAGUUGGUGCACCAGGAAGCAAAAUUAUGGUGACAACACGCAGUAACGCAAUUGCUUCGAUGAUGGGUGAUGUUCCUCCAUAUAUUUUGGAAGGUCUUUCUCCAAAGAAUUGUUUGUCUCUGUUUGUCAAAUGGGCAUUCAAGGAAGGUGAAGAAAAAAAGUAUCCAAAUCUAGUAGCGAUAGGAAAAGAAAUUGUGAAAAAAUGCCAAGGGGUUCCACUAGCCGUGAGAACAUUAGCAAGUUCUCUCUUCUCAAACUUUGAUAUAAGUAAGUGGGAAUUCGUUAGGGACUCUGAGAUGUGGAAUUUAGAACAAAAGAAAGAUGAUAUCUUACCUGCGCUAAAAUUAAGUUAUGAUCAAAUGCCAUCAUAUCUAAGACAAUGUUUUGCUUAUUUUUCUCUUUUUCCCAAACAUCAUCUUUUCGAUAGUUAUGCAAUGUGUAGUCUUUGGGUAGCCCUCGGAUUAGUUCAAUCCGUAAAUGGAAUUGAAAAGCUGGAGAGUAUUGCAAGAAAAUAUAUUGAUGAAUUGCAUUCAAGAUCAUUUAUUCAGGAUCUAUAUGACUCUGGCUCCUUUUGUGAUUUCAAGUUACAUGAUUUGAUACAUGAUCUUGCUCUGUAUGUUGCAAGAGAGGACUUUGUAACGGUAGGCUCACAUACUCAGAGUAUACCUCAGCAAGUAAGGCAUUUAUCAGUUGUUCAAAAUGAGCCACGUGGUUAUGCUUUGUUCCCUAAGUCUAGAAGUGUGAGAAGUAUACUAUUUCCCGCUUUCGGAUUGGGUCUUGGAAGUGAACGUGUUCUGGAUACAUGGUUAUCAAGAUACAAAUACUUGCGUUUUUUAGAUUUAAGUGAUUCCUCGUUUAAAACUAUGCCCAAUUCAAUUUCUAAAUUAGAGCACCUGAGAACUCUCGAUCUUUCUCGUAAUCUCAAAAUCAGAACACUGCCAAAUUCCAUUUGCAAACUCCUACAUUUACAAGUUUUGUUGCUCAAUGGGUGCAUGGAGCUUAAAACUUUGCCUAAAGGAUUAGGGAAGCUAAUCAGCCUUCGCCGUAUGAUUGCAACCACAAAACAAUCUGUUUUACCACAUGAUGAAUUUGCUAGCUUGAUCCAUCUUCAAACUUUGAGUUUACAUUUUUGUGACAGCAUAAAGUUUUUGUUCAGACAAAUACUCCCUUUCGUUGAAGAAUUGUAUAUCUACUCAUGUAGUUGUCUAGAGUCCUUACCGUUACAUAUUUUCCCUAAAUUACAGACUUUGUGCAUUCGCAACUGUGAGAAGUUAAACCUGUUGUUGAACAACGAAAGUCCAAUCAAAACAUUGAGGAUGAAACAUUUGUAUCUCGUAGGUUUUCCGACGCUUGUGACAUUACCUGAUUGGAUUGUAUGUGCCAUGGGCACUUUAGAGACUUUGGUAAUAAUUGGUUUUCCUAAUCUUAAUAUGCUUCCGGUGUUUCUAACUUCAAUGACUCGUCUUAAGAAGCUCUACAUUAUUGACUGUCCUCGACUGUUGAGUCUUCCAAGUGACAUGCAUCGCCUCACCGCCCUUGAAGAUUUGCGCAUAGGUGAUUGUCCUGAGUUGUGUAGAAAAUAUCGGCCCCAAUCUAGUGGGUUUUGGGCCAUGAUUGCUCACGUCAAAUCAAUUUCCAUUGAAGAACCAACAGGAGAGGAGGCGUAAUGAAGUCAUCAAUCUUGAAGAUGAUGAAACUGGAGUGGUAAAAGGUAUAUGCAGCUUGAAGGAUCACAAGAGAGAGCAGAGCAGUAUUCGAUGGCGAUGGAAAAGACGAAUGCCAAACAAUUGUAGCCAAACAAGACGAUGGCGAUGGAUCACAAGAGGCUUUAUAUUCUCAAGAUGUGACAUUAGCAUAAUUUUUUUGUAGCCAAACAAUUGAAAAUGAUUAUUCUCUGUCACCCUUUAUCUCGGUACUCAAAAAAACAUCUUUAUGUGUACUUAGCAUUUUGUAUUUUAUUGAAUUUAAAGGUAAUUUAAUU